AUGGACUUAGACCAUUUGACCGCAACGAACGAAGAUAUCAUAAAUUGGUGCCGCUCGUAUGAGCUCAGUUCAUCGGCCCACUCGGUGGAUGACCGUCUAGUAGCCGAGUUCAGCUCGAACCUCGUCCUUAGACUCAACAGCCAUGCGUUGGUCAAGUUUGGCCCUUCCGUCACGGCAUCCGAGGCAGCAAACCAGAGACUUGCUCAUGAAAGUUUGAACGGUCGCUUUCUCCGAGUACCUCAAGUCUAUCGAUUUUUCCAAGAUACCAGUCUUCCUGAGAAUCAUUGGAGGGGUAGAUGUGGUUACCUCGUGAUGGAAUUCAUCCAGGGAAUCAAGCUAUCGGAACUCCCACUUGAGGACCUACCUCUCCAUUGUCACAAAAUUGGUCGAGCAAUUGCCGAAAUGUCCCUGCUCAAAAGUGAGAGACCUGGUCCAGCCGAUGGUGGUGAACCGCAUGGCUAUAUCUGGGCUCCUGACUACCGCGCCUAUGAGAUAUUCAAGACUGUCGAUGACGUAGCAGCAUGGUUCAAUCGUGCAUUGGUAAAUGAGGACACUAAGAUCCACUUUCCAUCUGAGCAGUUUCCCUUCUGUCAUCUUGACUUAUCCAGGUCGAAUAUCCUGUAUACGCAGGAUGAAUCAUAUGCCCUUCUGGACUGGGCAGAUGCUGGGUUCUACGCAAUGCCAAUUCAAAUCUGGUGUCUGAAAAAGAGAACGGAUGACAGUUGCUUUGUGGAAAGCUUGCUGGAAAACCUUCCAGAGCUCAGCGUGGAAGAGAAGGCUACCCUGCAUCUAUUGGACCGGGCCUACUACUGGAACAGCCUAAAGGGACUGUAA